AUGUUGGACGGCGUAACUUACCGAGGAAUGAGAAUCGUAGUACCACCAUCAAUGCAACAGGAAAUGAUAGAGCUGGUGCACGAGACUCACCAAGGAAUUGUGAAAUCCAAGCAGAGAGCACGAGAAGCGCUGUAUUGGCCGGGCAUGAGUUCUCAAUUCGAAGCGAAAGUAAAGGACUGCAGUACUUGUCAUGACUAUGCAGCAGCGCAACAGAAAUAACCGAUGAUGCCGAGCAAGACACCAGACUAUCCAUGGGCCGAAGCAGCAUCUGACAUAUUUACGUUCAAGAGCAAAAACUAUGUACUGUCAGUAGAAUACUACUCCAAGUACAUUGAAGUCACAGAACUCAACGACCUCUCAGCUUUUAGUACCAUCGAAGCCCUGAGAGGACACUUUGAGAGACAUGGUAUUCCAGAAAGGCUGACGACAGACUGUGGCACACAGUAUACAAGCGUAGAUUUUAAGAAUUUUGCGAAAGCCUACAACUUCCAGCACGUUUUGAUAAGUCCAAAACAUCCUAAAGCAAACGGAGAAGCAGAGGUGGCGGUAGAAAUCGUUAAAUCAUUGUGGAGAAAGAACAAUGACAAGCACAAAACGCUGUUGGUCUAUCGAACAACACCACUAGCAGGCAUUGACCUGUCUCCAUCACAGCUAUGUACAGCAUGGGGAGAAGACUGA